AUGGGUAAAAGAAAGAAAUCAAGUAGAGGUCCAGUUAAGAGAGUGGUACAGAAGCUAGAUACUAGCUUUAAUUGUUUGUUCUGUAAUCACGAAAAAUCAGUAUCAUGUACACUGGAUAAAAAGAACUGUAUAGGCCAUUUAUCAUGCAAAAUAUGUGGCCAGUCUUUUCAAACUAGGAUUAACUCUUUAUCACAACCCGUUGAUGUCUAUAGUGACUGGUUUGAUGCUGUUGAAGAAGUGAAUUCAGGAAGGGGCAGUGAUUCAGAGCAUGACAAUGAUGAUGAAAACUCCGAUAGUGAUUAUGAAAGUGACUCUGAUGAAGCUGCGGCUCCACAAGAUUCUGAUGAGCAAGAAGUUGAUUCUGAUGAAGAUGAAAGGAUAGGUGCUUCGAAACGUGGUAGGGGUGCCUUGGUGGAUAGCGAUGAAGAGGAGGAAUCUGAAUAG